CCCAUGGUGUCCGCGACGGGUCUCUCUGGGGAUGGCAGAAUGCGAGGGGUGCUCCUGGUGCUGCUCGGCCUUCUCCAUUCUUCCACCAGUUGUGGCGUCCAGAAAGCUUCCGUUUUCUACGGUCCUGACCCCAAGGAGGGCUUGGUCAGCAGCAUGGAGUUCCCGUGGGUGGUGUCGCUGCAGGACUCGCAGUACACACACCUGGCUUUCGGUUGCAUCCUCAGCGAGUUCUGGGUACUCAGCAUCGCAUCCGCCAUUCAGAACAGGAAGGACAUUGUCAUUAUAGUGGGUAUAAGUAACACGGAUCCCAGCAAGAUUGCUCACACAGAGUAUCCAGUCAAUACCAUCAUCAUCCAUGAGGACUUUGAUAACAACUCCAUGAGCAACAACAUCGCCCUCCUGAAGACAGACACAGCGAUGCAUUUUGGCAACCUGGUCCAGUCCAUCUGCUUCCUCAGCAGAACGUUGCAUACACCACCAGUCUUGCAGAACUGCUGGGUGUCAGGAUGGAAUCCCACAUCUGCAACAGGAAAUCACAUGACGAUGAGUAUCCUGAGGAAAAUCUUCGUGAAAGAUCUUGACAUGUGUCCCCUACACAAACUCCAGAAGACAGAAUGUGGCAGCCACACGAAAGAGGAAACCAAGACUGCCUGCUUGGGGGACCCAGGAAGCCCAAUGAUGUGCCAGCUACAGCAGUUCAAUCUGUGGGUGCUGAGAGGAGUGCUGAACUUCGGUGGUGAGACGUGCCCUGGCUUGUUUCUGUACACCAAGGUGGAAGACUACAGCAAAUGGAUCACAUCCAAGGCUGAGAGGGCCGGCCCUCCCCUGUCCUCACUCCACCACUGGGAAAAGUUGAUUUCUUUGUCCCACCAUGGACCAAAUGCUGCCAUGACACAGAGUUCUGAUUCUGAACUGGGCCAUGUUGGAUCAUACUUGCAGGGACAAGGAAGGACCAUCACGCAUUCACGACUAGUAAACAGCUCUAGAGAUGAUCUAGAUGUUAGGGAGAAGGGUGUAAAGGAAUCAGGCCGGUCUCCUGAGGCAUCGGUACAACCCUUAUACUAUGACUAUUAUGGUGGGGAGGUGGGGGAAGAUAGGAUUUCUGCAGGUCAGAAAAGGUUGCAUCAGCAUGAAGAAAUCAUCUUGGUUUCCUUCAUGCUUGUUUUCUUUUGCAGCAGUAUCUAGUCUGGAGCCACGCCACCAAACUGAAGAGUAAGCUCAGAAUGCUGAGUGCCAGGCAUUCACCAUGCUGUUUUGGUGUCUGUUUUUAAUAGUUGCACACCAGGGCUGCCAUAGAUAAGCCCACAGCACACACUGGGCUGGCUCUCCCUCCUCUAUUCCUCUCCCGGGUGUGGGAAGAUCACUUUCAUUAUGCUUGUGAACUAAAUGCUGGCUAACAAGUGUCAAA